AUGUCCAAAGUCACACCAUCAAAGACAGUGAAGGAAGCAGAGAUAGAGACAGUAAGAAGAUGGCUCAAUGCAAGACCUGAUUUAUUACUGGCAAUUGCCAAAAGACAUACAACGAAUCCUUUACUCACACCAUUACCCUCUCCAACUUCAACUAUUUCUUUACCUCCAACAUUAAACUUAGUCGUACCUCUAGAUGGAUUGACGGUGGACAAACUACGUAUAAAAGUGUCCACCACAGCUAGAAAUGUGGAAGUUGAUAUACCUCUAUCUUCAAGGACGGAUUUGGGUAAGGGUGGAUUCGGAAAGCAGAUGGAGGAAAUGGGUUAUGAAUCUCUAAAAUAUUUCCAAAUUCCCGGUUAUCCCAAGAUUGAUUACUUUGAACCACCGACAUCGAUAUCGGUAUUACCUAUUUACGGAUUAAUGUUAUUGUUAUUCCUUGUUCUUGCUCCUUCAGAUCAUGGAGUGGCCAAUCUCGGUAGAGGAUUAGUUAAUAAGUAUUUGGGGAAAUGGGUUAUUCCUGCUGCUUCUUGGUUAGCUGCUUCUCUUCAUUUCGUCAUUGAACCAUUGAUCAUUUUGCCUAAGUUGAGACAACAUUCCGUUCCUCUCAUACCUAGCCUAUUAUACCUCCUCACCGUACUUUGUAUAGGGUAUGGUGGUAUUGACGCUUUGAAUAGAGCUGUUAUCCAAGAAAGGAUCAAGCUCAUCCAUUCACAACAUACAGAAACCAGGAAGGGGCAGUGA